AUGUCUCCUGGACUCCACUUCUGGUUACUGGUCGGCUGGUUGGUGGUAACUAUGGCAGAAGGACGAGAUGCCGUCAUCCCUCCCCCCGGAGGCUCACAGAAUAGUGUGAACCCUACAGACUGCCAGAUCUUCACACUCACCCCUCCGCCCACCACCAGGAAGCCAGUAACAAGGGCCCAACCCAGAACGAGGACACCUACGGUGACGUGGUUUUAUUUUCCACAGAGAAGGCCCAGCUUCUACCCGCGCUUUCCUACCAGACCUUUCCUCCUUCCAAACUACAACCCCCGUGUCCAGUUCCGACCUUUGUACCUGCCACAAGGUAGACUGAUUCCUGGUAGAUUCUUCCUCAGAAGACAGCUCCAGAGCGGAAGCUCGUCUGAGGAAAGUACAGAGAAAUGAGAGGCCCCAACAUGCUGAAGCGAAGCAAUCAACGCCUCUG